GCUCUUUCGGCCUCUGCAUGACCUGGCCCCUCUCACACCACAGCUCCGCUGCACCACCAGCCCUCUGCCAUGCUGAGCUGAGCCUCCUUCAGUUCCCCUGCUGCAAGACCUUUCCUGCCUGGGGCCUCUGAACCUCCUGUUGGCUGGCCUGGAAAAUUCUUCCCUCCUUACCUUGUUUAUUCCUAUGGGGCCUUCACAUCUUGGCUAACAUGUGAAUCGCCCAAAGAAACCUCUGGUCUCCCAGGGGUUCAGGUCCUACCGUCUCUCCAGUACGAUGUCAUGAAACUCUCACUUCUUCUUGGCAUUUAUCUCAUUUCCCAGACGGAAUCAUUCCCCAAUGCCUGGAAAUUCCUCAUUGGAUUACUGUGUUUUAAACAGAGUUUUGUGAACAGCCUUUUAUCUCCAAGCGGAAAGAAAGAUGUGGAAAGCUUCAGCAGGCCACGCUGUGUCCAUCACCCAGGAUGACGCGGGGGCCGAUGACUGGGAGACCGACCCUGAUUUUGUGAAUGAUGUGAGUGAGAAGGAGCAAAGAUGGGGUGCCAAGACCGUGCAGGGCUCCGGGCACCAGGAGCAUAUCAACAUACACAAGCUGAGGGAGAAUGUCUUUCAAGAACAUCAGACCCUUAAGGAGAAGGAACUUGAAACAGGACCCAAAGCCUCCCACGGCUAUGGAGGGAAAUUUGGUGUGGAACAAGACCGGAUGGAUAAGUCAGCUGUCGGCCACGAAUAUCAGUCGAAACUUUCCAAGCACUGCUCACAGGUAGACUCGGUCCGCGGCUUCGGAGGCAAGUUUGGUGUCCAGAUGGACAGAGUUGAUCAGUCUGCCGUAGGCUUUGAAUACCAGGGGAAGACUGAGAAGCACGCCUCCCAGAAAGACUACUCCAGUGGUUUUGGCGGCAAGUAUGGCGUGCAGGCUGACCGAGUAGACAAGAGCGCCGUGGGCUUCGACUACCAGGGCAAAACGGAGAAGCACGAGUCACAGAGAGAUUACUCCAAAGGUUUCGGUGGCAAAUACGGCAUCGACAAGGACAAAGUGGACAAGAGCGCCGUUGGCUUUGAGUAUCAAGGCAAAACGGAGAAGCAUGAGUCCCAGAAAGACUAUGUGAAGGGGUUUGGAGGAAAAUUUGGUGUGCAGACAGACAGACAAGACAAAUGUGCCCUUGGCUGGGAUCACCAGGAGAAAUUGCAGCUGCAUGAAUCCCAAAAAGAUUAUAAGACUGGUUUCGGAGGCAAAUUCGGUAUUCAGUCGGAGAGGCAGGACUCCGCUGCUGUGGGGUUUGAUUACAAGGAGAAGUUGGCCAAGCACGAGUCCCAGCAAGACUACUCCAAAGGAUUCGGCGGGAAGUAUGGGGUGCAAAAGGAUCGGAUGGAUAAGAACGCGUCAACCUUUGAGGAUGUCACCCAGGUGUCCUCUGCCUACCAGAAGACAGUACCUGUUGAAGCCGUGACCAGCAAAACAAGUAACAUCAGAGCUAACUUUGAAAACCUCGCUAAGGAGAAGGAGCAGGAGGACAGGCGGAAGGCGGAGGCAGAGAGAGCCCAGCGGAUGGCUAAGGAGCGGCAGGAGCAGGAAGAGGCCAGGAGGAAGCUGGAGGAGCAAGCCAGAGCCAAAACGCAAACACCCCCUGCGUCGCCUGCACCUCAGCCAACCGAGGAGAGGCUGCCCUCGAGCCCGGUCUAUGAGGACGCGGCUUCCUUCAAGGCAGAGCUGAGCUACAGAGGCCCUGUGAGUGAGACGGAGCCGGAGCCUGUGUACAGCGUGGAGGCCGCUGACUAUCGAGAGGCUGGCAGCCAGCAGGGCCUGGCCUACGCCACAGAGGCUGUCUACGAAAGCGCAGAGGCCCCAGGCCACUAUCCCACAGAGGACAGCACCUACGACGAGUACGAGAACGACCUGGGGAUCACAGCCGUCGCCCUGUACGACUACCAGGCUGCGGGUGAUGAUGAGAUCUCAUUUGACCCCGAUGACAUCAUCACCAACAUCGAAAUGAUUGACGAUGGCUGGUGGCGUGGGGUGUGCAAGGGCCGGUACGGGCUCUUCCCAGCCAACUACGUGGACCUGCGGCAGUAGGGCCUCCAGCCCCCAGCCCCCGGAGCUGUGCCCCGGAUCCUCACACUACAGAUCAGGCCUUCUUUGGUUCUUGGGUUUUGGGUUUUUUUGGUUUUUUGUUUUGUUUUGUUUUGUUUUGUUUUUUGAAGGUGGGGAGGAGAAUAUACACAUUGCUUUUAUAUUUAAUACUUUUGCUGAUGCUUUUGAAAAUGUUUAUGCCACAGAAUUUGCUAAUAUAUUGUAAUCACAUUCCUUAGGAGGACUUUGGUAAUUGGUUUUAUGCAUUGAUGGCUUGAUGGGUUUUUUGGUUUUAUUUUUUGCCAAAUUGACUGUCACACGCAGCAGCUUCAGGGAGCUCGCGUUCUCUUGAGUGCGUGGAAGGACUGUCCCAGGCCCUGUGGCGGGUAGGCAGGAAGGACUCUCCCAGGCCCUGUGGCGGGUAGGCCCGAAGGACUGUCCCAGACGAGGGCUCCCUCUAGAGUCUCAGUGUCUGGGGGGAGAGGGGCGGGCCUGCUGGAGGUUAACAUGGAGCUAAGUCACCCAGAACACAGGGGCUGCCGCGUCAGAUGGGAAAUCUGCCUGUGUCAUACCGUGACAGCCCGCAGGAUCAGGUGACUUCUAGCAGAGACCCUGGAUUUUUUCCUGUGCCCACCCCGGCUCGUCCUCAUCUUUACUCAUCCCUAUGCCCAGGUCGCUGGGAGGGCUGCUGGGAGCCUCUUCUGCCCCUGCCGGGCAGCGUCACCAAGUCCUUGAAGUCUUCCCCUGCCCCGCAGGUCUGUGGAUUGGGACUCACGAUGCAGUUGAGGUCUGCGUUGGGCUUGUCUUUUCACACAGGCUGAUGUCUUGACCGUCACCCAAGUGGUCCGUGGGCCACCGGGCAGCCUGGGGCGGUAUAUGUGCCAUGUCACACACAGCACGGCCUCUCAGCCUUGGGAAGGAAGUCAGUGCCUGCUCUGCUGUGAGCCACCAGGAACCCUCCUCCCAUCAAUGGGGGUGUAGUGUUUUUGCCAAAAUACCAUAUUCAGUUACAGUAGUUUGAUGAGUUGAAGGCUAGAAGUGUGAAGUGCGGAUGAGUGCGUGCUCCUCCCCGAGGCCCCCACAGCUCCGGGACGCCACUGUCUUGGCAUUUGUGGCCACUCACUUUGUAGGAAACUCACCUCCUUCCUGAGGAGCCGGGAGGCUGGACCAGUCCCGUCGUGCAGUCAGGUGGGCGGGGUGUCGUUCCAGAAGGUCACGUGGACAUGUCUCGGGACUUGGGUCCCGGAGCACCCGUGAAGCGCGCGUUUUUGCUUCUGAGGUGCGUUUCUCAUCAUCCUUGCUUUACCACAAUGAGCAGUGAGGUCGGGUUUUAUAUGCAACUUAUUGUAUCUGAAUUCCUGUAGCACACCUCAUAGGUAUGAUUUUUUUAAAUUAAAGAAUUCAGAAUAAAUUUUUUUUGAUCCA